AUGUCGACGACGCUGUUGAUAGACACAUUUCAUCCUUUCCCCUCACUGGCCCUGACUUUACCGUCGGAGACCCUCCUCGCCGACGUACCAUCGCAUCUGCUGGACUUCAUACCGUCUUUUUCGGAGUUAGACCUCGCACUUACCCUUCCAUCGGGUUCCCUGCCACUCGAUUCAAGGCCGCUCAGCGCCCUCUGGGCGCGUGACGCUGCGUAUUUUGGAAAUGGAAACGACGAAGAUGUCGCAUAUGGCGCGAAGUCAUGCAGACUCAUUAGUUUGCGACUCGUGCCACGUCUCCGCGGCGGAAAGGGCGGCUUCGGUUCGCAACUCCGUGCGGCGGGUGGGCGGAUGAGUAGCCAGAAAACGAGCAACAAUGAUUCAUGUCGUGACUUGAAUGGACGCCGCCUCAGCACGCUCAAAGAGGCGAAAACCCUAGCAGCAUAUCUGGAAUUCGAGCCGGAACGUAAAAAGGCUCAACAAGAAGCUCAACGGGCUAAACUUGAAAAACUUGAGAAGCGUUUGGGCAUUAACGGAAAAGGUAAAGAGAAAGCAGACGGUGACGAUGCUCCCGUUGGCGCAAAGCGACGAUUUGAUGAUACGGAGUACUUGGAGCAAAGCCGGGAUAUUGUGGAUAAUGUUAAGAGCGCCGUCGUUGCGGGGAUGCUGAAGAAGAAAAAGAAAGCAAAGACGUCACCAAGUCCAGAUUCUCAGGAGGCGGCGUCGUCUUCUUUGUCUUCUAAGUCGUCUGGAGCUUCUGGAGCACCUUCAAAUACUGAGAACAGCUCAAGCACGGAUGGGUUGGCCGAGAAGGCUUCCGACGUUACUGAGAAAGCUUUUGAAUCACCAAUGACUACACCUAUUAUUUCCACGGCUUCGGCAUCUCUUACUGCUAUCGGAGCAUGA